AUGUCCAGCUUUGUGAAUCUUCUUGCACUUGUGCCCUUGGCACUAGCCGCCACCCCGAUCAUGAUGGUCCCUAAUCAGGCCAUGAUUUUCAAAGAAAAUGACUUCGCAAUGAAUGCCGGUCGAAAGGGGAUGUCUGUUGCGUCUGAUGGUAAUUGCAUGAAUUUCGACAACAUGCCCGAGUACCGCACGAACGUUGGAUCAAUCUAUGUCCCAUGCCCGUCCGAGGUCAAGCAAGACAUGAUGUGCUCAAUUUACUCCGACAACUCUUGCAAUAACGAGCUGUUCACAUUUACUCGACCCCAUGCGAAUUUACUCAGACGAGCAGUUGGCGAUGGUGUUGGCAGACAUGUCAGAAGCAUGAGAUGCGUGACGAUCCACUCGCCUGCUGACAGACGGGGACAUGUCUUCUCAAGUGAUCACGCGUCUACCAAGAGUCCAAGUAGCUGCCCCAAUGACAGCUGUUCCAGUGAACAGAACUGUCAAUCAACCCACCCGGAGUAUGGCAUGUAUUGCUCUUCAAACACCAAGACCUGCCAGCGAACUUCUGUAGUUGGCGCUCUUUGCAGGGAAGACAGCCAAUGUGUCAACAGUCACUGCCAGAGUGGAAUGUGUAUGGCUGCUGCAGAAAACUUGCGUUGCCUGCGGGACUCUGAGUGUCCUUCUGGCCUACGGUGCCGUCCUACCCGUGUUUUGAACUUGCUUGGAGGUUCCAAUGUCGAAAUGGUCUGCAUGAAAAACGAGGAUGUUCGCGGCACACAGUGCUCUGCUGAAAAGCUUUGCCCAGCGCAUAUGUCGUGCAGUCUUCAACAUGAGACUAACGCGUACUGUGAGUGGGAUGGUACUUGCGGAUUGAACAAUAUGAGCUGUAUGUCGGGCAGUCAAUGCUGCUCUGGGGUUUGCAACGCCAAUUUAUGCCAGUGA